AUGACCAAACACUGUACCCUUCAAGGACCCUACCCUUCCACUUGCAUGCAGCCUUUGUCCUCAUCCCUCCACUGCAUCACCAAUGAAGAUGACGAUGAAGAUCUUCUGGAGCUGGAAAGCUGUUAUCUGACGGCGCUACUGCGGCGCGUUGCUGUUGCAACUCCAACACGCACACUCCACCAGACGAAGAGAGACCAGCUGCAGAACCUUAAUUCUGUAGAAGGCUCCAUCCAGAACCUUCUUUCAGUGCUAUACCCGCCCUUCGAUGCAACCGCUCCCACUCUGCUUAGCCAGCUCUUCCAAAUCAUUGACAGUCACUACCAGGGAGACGCCCUGCGGUGUUUUCUGGACUUUUUGGUUCCAGCCAAGCACAUCUUAGACACUGUGCAGCAGGCUGCAUGUGCUCAGUACUCCGAUGGUCUUUUCCUCUGUGAAGGCUGGCCUCUGUGUUUACAUGACCAAGUUGUUGUCCACCUUGCUCCCAUCGACGCCCUGCUACUUCAGCCUGGUGAUUUUUAUCUCCAGGUAGCACCAUUCUGUGACCAAUCAGCUCGCAUUGUGGUCUGCAGCCUCUUGGAAGAGGAAGGGUUUACUGUGGAAACAGAGGAGACCCCAAUCCCUGAGACAUCAUAUCCUUGUAUAUUUAGCUGUGACUGGCUAGAUGAGAUCAAUCAUGGUCGUCAUGGGACAGCUCUCAGGCAAUGUCUGCUUGCCACUGAGCAAGGCUUGGUGAGGCUACCAUGGGAACGGGUGGCCUUGCCUGAUUUUGUGGACGUGCCACAAAGUGCUGGGAGUAGUAUGGCCUCUGUUCCCCUGCCUUAUCCUCCAUUAUCACCUACACUUUCUCUUCCUAAACCUCUGGAUUGUUCAUCUAAUAAAACUUUUCCUUCAUCAACUACUUCUUCUAAAGGAUCUACACUAAAACAGUAUCCUCAAACCAUUCAGAGUUCUAAUCUAACAUCUUCCUCACAGCCACCUGCCUUCUCUGUGGAAACUAGAAUUUGUCCAGCAAGACACGGCAUUGCUGUGUCACUUUGUCUGGUGGAUGCAAGCACUGCUUCUUCAUCCCAACUGGUCAAAGUUAAAGAAACUGAAAUAGAGACUAAACCAAUAGGCUGGGUGUCCCCCAAUACAUGGGACAGCCGCUUUUCUGGGGCAAAUGCAAAUACAACAUCAAAAACAAACACUGUUUCAGAUAUAUGCACUUCUACAAACGGCAAUAUAACUGCAUGCAAGGCUGAAAAUACAGGUGUAAUUGUUUCUGAAAACAGACUGCAAGAAAAGGUACAAGAUAUGAGUAGAAGUGGGCCAGCAGCCCAAACUAUUGCUGAAGGGGAAUAUAUUGAUAUACUACAGGCCAGCAUGCUUUUUGGUAAAGAUCAGUCCUUUACUGAAGAACAAUUACAUGCACAAAUCCAACCACAGAUACAAUAUGAAGCACAAAUGCAAAGAUAUCCACAUAGACAAAGUCAGGCAGUCACACAGUCACCACUUUGCACACAGUCACAAGGACAUGUGCAGUUACCUACAAAAUCACCAAGUCAUUCUAAAUAUGUGGCUCCUGAAGAAACAGUAACUCCAUCCAAUCCCCAGCAUUUCCAAACACAUCACUCUUAUUCUGACCUCCUUGAACCUCUUCAGUGUGUCCGUACUGUCCGCUUUGCAGAGAAGCCCUGCACCCCAUGCAUGAAAAGACGCCAGGGUGGAAUGGCUUCCAGAGCUCAAGAACUGAGAUGUCGAUACAGGGACUCUUACCAGGCUGCUAUCCAAAAUCCUGUCACCUUUAAAACAGAGAAAGACAGAGAGAAGAUGUUAGCAGUGGUGGAAGAGGAUGGGGAUUUCUCACAGAUGGAUAAAAGACAGGGACCACUGGGGACUGAAACAGGAGAUCCAUGGUGUGAUGUUCAAGGAAUAAAGAGCAAUCCUAGAUUACAAAACCAGUCUCCUCCUUCUGUUGCUGAAGAUAUUUGUAAAGAGUCUGGAGAAAUAAACACAGUUCCACUCUGGAAACCAGGAGAUUCAGAUCCUUCUUCCCAUUACAGGGAGAUAAAUUCUUUGCUAUAUUCUGAGCAAAGAAAACAGACGUCUGAGAGGACUACAGUACCAUUUAUUUACCAGGAUUCACAAUCUGCCAAAUCCUAUGCCAGCUUACACAACACGAGUGAAACACUUCCAGUAGCCAACGUAAGGACAAACACUACUAAUGCUCUGCCAAUUGCAAAUGGUCUUACACAUUUGGAUGUCUCUACCAAACACCAUGCAUCACCAUUUAUUUCAAGUCAUAUUUCUGGAACACGCAUGACCUUCAUGACUCCUGAAAGGCCAGAAAACCAAACCAAUUCUACAGGGAUGUGUUCAAACCUUUCAAGUCAAACAGCACAGCAAAACAAAAAAGACAUAUCAGAUAGAAGAUGUUCAUCCCUCUCCACAGCGGUGGUGAAUACUUCAGAAAAGUGUGAACUGGUUAUUGUUGAAGGAAAAAAUAUCAGGAGAAAAGAAAACACCAACUCUUGUGCGGAGAUCCCCCAGCUACAUGUGGUUAAAUGUAAAAAUAGCACAGCCUUCCGACUGGUUUCACCCAAGAUCAACAGGAAGAAGAUUACAGUUUCUACAGUUGGCGAGCAGCCUGGAAGUACAUCUGUAACAAGUGGCAAUGACCAUCAGAGCCUGUCAAAGACAGAUUCACCUCCCAUGCCAGAGACACAGAGGAUUUCCCAGCGUGUCUCUGCUCGUCCUAGACCUGACCACUUGCCCCUGGGAUCCCCAGACCCCAGAGCCCAUCCUCUUUAUCUAGGAGUAGCAUGCCUAACAGGCUGCAAAGACAGAACAGGCAGGGCAAUUAUUGAACUCUAUGGAGACCACCAAGGAUGGCGAACAGCUGUAACAAGCCAGGAGCUCUUCCAGAUGCUGCUGUUCUUCCACUCCAUCACCAGAAAGGAGAUCAGAGAAGCUGGGUUGACGCUAAUUUUUGAUGCUAGGAGGACAAAUCCUCAGCCACAGCUCUACAAGGCUUUGAUGGCUUUCCAGGAGGGGUGUCCCAGUGCAGUGAACAGUUUGGUUUUGCUGGUGGACAAAGAGAACACCCUUCGUCCUGAAAAAUGUCCUGGUAUUCAGACUGAUGUGGUGACAUCAAUGAAAGCCUUCCUCAAACUGGUUGAGGUGAACAACCUGAGCUCCCGUCUAAAUGGCACAGCGUCUCACAGCCACUGCAGCUGGAUAGAGCUGUACCAGAAACUCUUCCCAUUUGUUAAUGAUCUCCAUGAGGCAUCCAGCCUGCUGCUGAGAGCCACCAGUAAAUUAAAGGAACCCCAGAUGACAGACACUGUACAGACUGUGCGGAUGUGCAUGACUGACCAGAAGACUCUGAUGAGGGAUGUCUUGGAGGAUAUCCGAUUGGUCAGUCUGCAGAGGGAAGGCGGGGCCAUCUUGGCAAGGCUAAGAAAGGAGAGUGACUUAAAAUACCCUCACUGUGAAGACCUUAGUGAUGCAGUGGAUUCAGUGACAAGCCUGUACAACCAUGUGGAGGAGCAGGCACAUGUCCUUGUGCAAAGGACCAACAUAUCCCUGGAACACCUGGAAUACCUGCUGCAACUCAGAGAAAUGGAGGGGCACUUCACUCAGAUCCAGCAGUGGUUUACUGUUGAAGGAGAGCGCCACCUGCUGGAGGCUGAAUCAGUUGAGGACUCAGGAGACAGAAUGGAGCAGAUCCUAAACAGUUUCACUGGUUUCCUAAUUGAAGCUAAUGACCGCAGACACCAUGCCAUGUCACUAGUGUCAGAGGCAGAGCGGCUCCAGCAGAGCGGGCUCUCCUACCCAGAGACGGAGACUUUCAGGACGUUUGUCUGCACCUUCAAGUCAGAUCUGGAUGAUUUUCUUUGCAGGGCAGAGGCAUGUGGUCGAGAGCUACAAAUCAUGGUCAACUUGUGUGAUUUUUGUGAGCAGGCUACAACACUGGCCAGUGAAUGUACAGAUUACCUGAACAGUCAGUCCAGAAUCCACACAGAGCAAGACCAUGGCAGAGACUCACAAGUCAAUCAAAAAAGUAACCAUCCAGUUCAACAUCAAAACCAAGACUCCAACCUGAAUGUUGCCUCUCCAUGUCAGUCUGAUAUUCAUGCACCACAUUGCUCAGGCCCAAUCACCACCAAGGUUUCAUCAGCUUCUAGUGAUAGCUUCAUUCUCCAGGCUUUCCACGAAAGAUUCCUGCACUUCAGUCCAGAGAAAUUCCAGGAAGUAAAAGCCCAGGCCUGUUCUCUGAGAGGCACUCGAGGGAUGCGAGUCUGGAAUGUUGCCUGGUUGAAAUGUCAGGAAGCACGUCAGCAGCUUCAGGAGAGGAUGCAGGAUCUGGAUGAGGUUUACCACCAACAAGCAGACUCCAGCAUUUGGAGUGAAGGGCAUUUUGUUGAUGUGUUGAGUACCAAUGUUCAAAUAGCAUCUCCUGGUGGACAGAAUUUGGUGGUACAGUCAACCCCUGGUCCUCGGCAUCCUCAGUGGGAGGGUAUUGUAUCAGGAGUGGUGGAUUUAGGGAAGAAGAGGCCAGUUCUUAGUGGUAACAAUCCUAAUUCAACAACUGUAGCCUGCUGUAACAUUAUCAUCAAAUCUGAUGAUAACAGUGAUGCUGGAACUAGCAAGGAGUCAAAAGCCUUUCUACAGUCACCUCACAGGUCACCAAAGAAAACAGAACGAGAGGUGAGGAGGAGACAAACAAGCAGAGCCAGAAGCGAAAGAGACGCUGCUGCUGUGUCUCAGUCCCAUACUGUCGGCUGCCAGUGGUUUUCAUGGGGACGGGGUCUUGGAGGAAGGUCAGUGAGCCAGGACUCAUGCACCACAAGAGCUGCCACAGCUGGGUCGUCCACUCCUCCAGAGCAGCAGGCUCGGCCACCGUCAUCUUGUUCCCACCACGGUCAGCCUUCAUGUCGAAUCCUCCAGGAAGCUCAGAAGUUUCAGAUCUCCCGCCAUGGGAGCUUCUGCUCGGACGACUCCUAUAUGAGUGACCAAGGGGCUGCAGGGGGUAAUAGGACUGUAUGUUGCAAACACUCCAGCCUGCCCAUCACAAGAUAUGAGGGAGAGUUUUGUUUGCCAAGACCACAGGAGAGCUCCAGCAGUGCCCUGAGGCUGCAGCGUGUCAUGGAGGAGCUGGUGUUCACAGAGAAGGAGUAUGUGCGCUCACUUGGUUAUAUCCUGACUCACUACCUGCCCUUGAUGGACAGGAUAGACAUCCCCCAGGAGCUCAGGGGAAAACGAGGAGUCAUCUUUGGUAACCUGGAAAAGCUUUACGACUUUCACAGCCACUAUUUCCUUCCAGAGCUAGAGGCCUGUGAGAGGAACCCUGCCAUGGUGGCUCGCUGCUUUCUCAGACAUAGUGAAAGUUUUGGCCUGUAUGCUUUGUACAGCAAGAACAAACCUCAGUCAGAUGCUCUGAUCCUGCACCGUCGCCAUGACAUCUUCAAGAAAAAGCAGCAGGAGCUGGGGGACAUGAUGGACCUGUCCUCCUACCUGCUGAGGCCCAUCCAGAGGAUCAGCAAAUACAGCCUCCUGCUUCAGGACAUGCUGUCUUUGACCAGAUCAUGCAGGCCAAAAGAUGUGAUUCAGGAUACAACAUCAGUAACCAGUGUGUGCACACAAAACCUGUGUGGAAUGGCUGCCUACAAGUCUGAUUUGACAAAUAAUGAGAGAGAGAGGGCUGAGAUCCAGGCUGCUGCUGAUCUGGUUCGAUUUCAGAUGCGUCAUGGCAACGAUUUGCUCACAAUGGAUGCUAUCCAGGAUUGCGAUGUUAAUUUAAAAGAGCAGGGGCAGCUGAUUCGCCAGGAUGAAUUCACAGUUUUUUUCAGGAAGAAGAAAUGUGUCCGCCGCAUCUUCCUUUUCGAAGAUUUGAUUCUUUUCAGCAAGACCAGGAGGACAGAUGUUGGAAAUGAUGUUUAUGUCUACAAGCAAUCAUUUAAGACAAAUGAUAUUGGGAUGACCCACAACUCUGGUGUGAGUGGCCUAUGUUUUGAGAUCUGGUUCCGCAGGAGGAAAAGUGAAGACACAUACACUUUAAAGGCUGCCAACAUAGAAGUGAAGAAAGCCUGGACUACAGACCUGGAAAGAUUACUGUGGGAUCAGGCUGCUCACAGUAGAGAGCUGCGCUUGCAGGAGAGGGUGUUCAUGGGAAUGGGCCGUAAACUUUUCAUGGAUAUUCAACCCAGUGAUUCUGCAAUUUGUGAUCGAGCCGUUGGCUGUGUCCUGCCUGGGAAAAUCCCUGUGGCAUGUUGUUCACACAGGGGUUUAGAAUAUCCCCGACCGCACUCCAUUGGCUCCGGCAGCACCGCCUCCACCACCCUCAGCCAGUCAUCCUCCUCAUCCGGCCGUGGCUCGCUGCCUCCCGCUGGUUAUCCUGGAAACCUGUCACAGGGCAUGGACAUCAACCUGACCGUCUGUUCUUCACCUGAGAGUGUGACUAACAAUAAGCCCAACAAUCAUCAGCAGCAUCAUCUUCAUUAUCGCUGUGAAAAGUGGAAAACCCUCCAUCCUCUGAUGGACAGCACUGAGUCAUCUGGGGAAAGCACAAAUGUAUUCAUCAGCUCAGACCACAGCUGCCUGUCUGCCAUCAGUGGAGAGAUAAUGGACAACUCUUCGGUUUUAUCCCAGAGUUCACAGCAUCAACCCCAACUUUGUCGGACCCCCAGCCUGAGGAGAAAUGGCUCACCUACUGUUACCAAAAAGAAGCCAGGUGUCCCCCCAAAACCUCCACAGCCGGCUACAGCUCAGGGAAAUAAAAUUAUACUUGGAAAAUCCACAGAGGUUUAACAGUGGAUCCACAGCAGAAGGACCAGCAUCUUUCAAGAAUCUGUUGGACAGUAAUGAAAGCAUUGCCUAAGAAGCUGCUGUGUUAACAUUCUCAUGUCAGAAGACCUAUAUUGUUUUCAUAACAAGGCCAAAACAUCAAGAAAAGAAUCAUCCACUGGCCAAGAGCCCAGGACAAGUUGAAGACUCAAAGACUUGAAGAGGUUGCCCAUAAAAGGUAAAACCUUUGGAUACUGUAUCAAAGGGAAGGUAACAUUUUUUUAGGAGUAAUGAUUAUUAUAUGGAAAAUUAUAUACAUUAUAAAGGUGUUUCUGUUUUGUCUUACACCAUCUUAGGAAUUUUUUACCUUUUAUUUUUAUCUUAUGGUUAUCACAUUGCAGUGGUUUUCCUAAUGAAGGGACAGACCACUAACCUGUGUGUUUGAGUUUCUCUUAUUCUGUAUUUCACACAGAGAUAUGAUCCUCAGUGGCUGGGCUGUACACAUAAUUAUUAUCUCCAAGGAAGCAACACAAAACACAACAAGCUAAUGGACACACAUUAUAUGAGUACACACAGGAUUGCAGACAAAAACUGCUCGCUCUCAUUUAGGGUCCACACAUACUGAUCAAGGUACUAACUGAAAAUGACCAUUUCAAGUGUUUUCCAGAUUGUUUAAAUGGUUUUGUUUAUGUUUUCUUGAAGGUUAAAUGUGUAAAAUACUACAUUUUUUUAAGCUGUAAGAUAUUGUUUCAUUUUAUGUGCAAAAUGUAAAGUUUGGCAGGGACAUCUGAGCCCACAAGGUUCACUUUGGUGUGGUCUGUUUUUAAGGCACCAACGUUUUGUGACAUGGAGAGUCAUAUUUUUCUGAUUUCCAUCUGUUAUUGCUUUCUUGCUCCUAAUCUUUGUCAUUUAUUAUUAUCAAUAUUUUAUUGUAUGUAUUGUAUUUGAUUAUUACAUGUGGCCUCUGUAAGGUCAUUUUCAUAUCUUGUUUUGUGUUGUUUUUUUUGUUUUUUUUUUCCACUGAACUCAGAGGCAUUGGUUGCAGUAAUAUGAGGAUGUGGUUCCAGACUGGUGGUGACCCAAUUUCCUUCUUACACAAUUCUUACGAUUCCUCAGGGGCACAGCUUUUGGCACAUAUUGCAAAAGAGUCUGUAGAGCAUGCCCAGGUUGUUAUGGAACAAUAAAACUGGAUUAUAUAGGU